AUGCAUCGCCUCCUCCUGGGACUUUCCCUGCUUUCCAUCGGUCUCCUCUCGACCUACACCCACGCAUUGCCACCCCCUCUUUCCCCGGUGGACGUCCGCAAAGUCGCCGAUAUGCUCAAGAAAGUGGAAGAGUCUCUGAAGGAAGAACGUCUGAAACUCGAGCAGAUGAAUGACUUGAAGCACACCAGAGACUGUGAGUACCUGUGGAUCCAUAAUAAUACCGCCCCCUUUUCUUUUUUUGAAGGGGUCGUCGACACUCCGUUCGGCACAAUGCACAUCGAUCUUCCGUUCAAGAAGAUCGCCCACAUCGGAAAGGGACUGCAGAAGAUGGCCGUCGUCGCGCAAGAGAAGAUGAAGAAGAAGACUCCGAGUGCUCCGAACGCCGACGACGAGCUGCAACACACUACGUACAUGAACAAUAAAGGAGAGUUGUGCAUCGUGCCGCAUUCCGGACCGGCAAUUUGUAGCCCAAGGUUUGAUGACUUGAAAUGGCACUAA